CAAUCGAUAAGAUCAAAGAUAACGAUAAGGAGGUAGGUAGCGAUUGUCCGAAAUUCUUCGCAGAAAUAUUUUGUCGGCCUCUGUCUGCCGCGAUACUCCGUCGAUCACCACACCCACCGAACCCCCGUAGACCCUCGAUACAAAACACAUACCGAUCCCACCGCAGCCAUGUCCGCCAUUGGAACCCUCGUCUUCUGCACCGAUUGCGGUAACCUUCUGCCCGCGUCUAUGGGCACGGAGAAGAACACCCUCACCUGCGACUGUUGCGGUGCCGAUAACAAGGACACUGGCGCCAAGACGAUUAAGACUCAGACCAAGCCUUCCGAUUUCCCUUCUCACCUCAGACAGAAACUCCAGUCCAACGUCCAGGCCGUCGACAGGGCCAACGUCAACACCGAGGCCACGAUCAGGGAGACAUGCCCCAAGUGCGGCGCGGAGGAGGUCCGCUUCACUGCCGUGCAGCUUCGCAGUGCCGACGAAGGCAGCACCGUUUUCUUCACCUGUCAAUGCGGUUUCAAGUGGUCUCAUAACAACUGAAAUGCACUAAACUUUUUGCCCGUCGCUUUUAAGUACCUAAUACCACCCGAUAUUUACCUGCCCGACCCAACGUUUCCAAACC